ACAACAAACAUGGCGUCGCCGGAGCGGUAUCAGGAUCGCGAAUCGCUGAAGAGUAAUUUUAUUAGCCAAGAGGAUGGAAGCAAAAAACCUGCUCCAAUAUCGUUCGGUUUUAGUAAAACACUUAUUAAGGUGAAACCCGUGAAGGCAGAAGAGCGAGAUUUUUUAACUGAAGUCGAAGGGAAGGAGCUCAAAGGCUCUAAACCGCUGGAGAAUCCCAAGGAGUUGGUCAUCCCGCUGAUCCAUAAGAACCGCUGGAACAGGCUGGAUGCUGGGAAAGAAGACAAGAGCGGCGAGGGAAAGACCAAAGAUCCGUCCCAAGAGGAGGACACGGUGGAAUCUCAAGCUGUCAAAGAACUCAUAGAAGAGUCUCAAAAGUAUCAGGAGAGAUGGAAGAAUGAGUCACAGUCGGAUCCCAACUUUGCCAUUCCUCUUCUGAUGCAGAACCAGGCCCCUCAGGGUUUUGAGGAUGGAGACAAAGUCAACGUGGAAUUGCGACCAGAGUCGUCCACAGAGGCAGACUAUGAUAGUGUUCCUGUGGAGGCUUAUGGGAUGGCGAUGCUGAAGGGAAUGGGCUGGAAGCAAGGAGAGGGAAUUGGACGCACAUUUAAACAAGAUGUAAAGCCCAUAGAGUCUCAGUUAAGGCCUAAAGGGAUGGGUUUGGGUGCUGAUCGCUCUGCUAUUAAAGACCUAGAGCCUGGUCGUCCAAAACGGCCCCCUAAACCUGGUGAAGAGAGAGGGCAGGAAGAGGAGGCUCUGGUCUUGGGACCUGGAGGAUGUGUGCUGGUCCUUGCAGGAGCACACAAAGACCUGUAUGGAAAGAUAGAGGGAUUAGAUCCAGAUAAUGCCAGAGCUGUUGUCAAACUUGCCAUUGGCGGCAAGACGGUGACCAUCAUUCAGCACUCUUUAAAACUAGUCACGCGCAAGGAGUACGAAAAAUACAGCAAAGACUUAAGUCGUCUAAGCAAAGCACACAAAGACAAAGAAAGAGAGAAAGAACGAGAACAGAAAUUAAAUGGCAAAGAUGAGAGAGGAAAAACAGAUCGGGGCAGAGAAAGGGAGAAGGACAGAGCAGAAAAAAGAAAACCCAGAGAAUCAAGUGCAGACAGAGAUAAGCCUCCCCCGGCAAAGGAGUCCCGGCCCUCCCCCCCAGCCCCCUCUUGGCUCCAAAGGGACCUCCGUGUGCGCUUUAUAGAUAAAUCAUUCAAAGGAGGCAAAUACUACAACUCAAAGAUGAGAAUUGAGGACGUCCUGACACCUCACACCUGUGUGUGUCGUACAGAAGAGGGAAGACUGUUAGACGAUGUUAGACAGAAGAUGCUGGAGACCAUUAUACCCAAGCACGACUCCGACUCCAUUAUGGUGGUUCUUGGAGAACACAGAGGACAGGUGGGCCGUAUCCUGAAGCGAGACCGAGAUAAGUGUAGAGUCAUGGUUCAGCUGGACCGUUAUGAAGAACAGGUUUUCACUCUCGACUAUGACGCCACCUGUCAUUAUGUGGGCGGAACAGAACACUGAGAAGCAAAUUGAGAGGCACAAUACAUCUUUUCCCUCCAAUACUCUUCAUUAUCUGUUCUGAUGGCAGAUUGAGUCACAAUUUGCUUUUUCCUAUAUUGCUAUUGACCAAUAUAUCAGAUGUAGUCACAUUUUUAAUACAACCAAGACAUAAUUUAUUUUGGUAGUUGUGUUGUAUUUUUAAAGCAAUCUUAGUCCCAAAUAAGGAGACUUAUUUGAAUAUUAUUACUGUCCAUUGAUACAGAUUGGAUACAAAAAUGUGCAUUUGUCUGGAGUUUAGAAAUGCGAGUGGGAUCAAUUAAACAAAGUUGCAAUUUUUCACUUUAGAUAGUGAUAUUAUGAACAGAGGUAAUUCGUGUAACUGUAAUAUCGGAGUGUCACCAGUCUACCAGUUUGUGGAAAAUUUGUAAUACUUUUUUUAUAUUUUGGCCCAAUGUGAUUAGGGAAAAGAAAAUCUCGCUGCCAGUUCAUUGGGUUGUAAUCUUUCACAACAGUUUAGUUGUUGUCCAAUGAAGAUACCAAUUUCUUGUCAUAAAACCAUUUAUGUACAAAGUAAUGCACAAGCCACUAGACUCUGUACAUGUUAUCUUUUAAUAAUAAAAUCUUGACAAAUUCCUUAA